AUGGGCAGAGUGAUUAUCUUCGCGCUUGUAGUAGUAAUGGUUGUCAGAGAAAGCUACUCUUCUUGUCCUCCAAUGAAGGACAGCCCACGAGCACGUCUGAUAUACACUUCCGGUAACACAGUUCAAGUUCGACCGACGUCUCCGCUUGAAGAGGGUACAGUGGCGACGCUUUCAUGUCAUUCUGAACUCACCAUAAAUGGUAGAACCAAUGCGACCUGCGAAUCUGGUCAAUGGGUUGGUCUUCCACUGGGCGAAUGUGCUGAAGAAUGA